AUGGAGUGUCAGCAAAGUGAUAGUAAGAAAUUGUUCAAAGUAUAUGAUGCUUCGAAACGUAAGCGUACGAGAAAAAAGCGGGAUGUAGUCGACGACAACUCUUUAGCCACUGAUGACUCUAACAACGAAGAAGAAGUCGUUAUCGAAUCUGUGCCUCAGGAUCAGGACUCUUUCAUUUACCAAUUCUUAGAAGAGGCUAUAAAGAGAGAUAAAAGGAAGCAGCGGCACUUGCGAAGACAAGAGGAACGAAGAGCGAGUCGUGAACGUGAAGUUUCUGCAACUCAAGAGCAUCGCCACCACCAUCACCAUCGACGAUCCCGCGAGGAAUCCGCUCCUCCUAGAGAUCGAGACAAUCACUGCCCACGAACACAAGACCAAACCGCCGGUCCCGUAAUAGAUCAGGCUGUUCUCAUAGAAACUUUUGCGAAAAUAUGUGCUCAAAUUAACAGUAAAGCUUCGCGGUAUAAAGAUACCGAAGUCUCCAGAGCGCAUAGUCACAAGUCGUUGCAGUGCGAAGUUGUGCCAAGGCGGGAUUCUUAUGAUGCAGAUCGCUGUCCGACUAAAGUCUAUAAUCAAAGGGAAAGCACCGCUCCAUCGAGAAUACGUAGUCAAGAGAACUUUCGUAGUGCAGUGCGAGUUAGAGACAGUUGCACUGUACCAGAACAAAUUGAACACCAAAAUAGUAUAGAGAAAUGCGUAUGUUGUUCCUUUCAAAACAGAAAUCAGAAACGUGAAAGUAAAUUGGAAGUGAUAAAAUCUAGACCUCAUGUAAUCGAUGAUAGAUAUCAUACAUACACCCAAGAUGAUACACCAACUGGAAGUUGCAUUGACGCUAGAUAUGGCAUACGUAGACACGAACAAAAAGAAUUUAAAGAUUAUGUUGACAAAAGAGAACCUGUUAGAAAUAAAUACAUUGAUGACAGAAGAAAAUACUGUGAACAAAGGACUAGCAGAAGCUUUGAAAUUCAAAGGGAAUACGUCGAUGAUAUAAGACGAACGUCUAGAAGCGAUCCACAUAAAGACAAACACUUCGAAGUACAACGAAACAGACGUUAUGGCGAAAGAAAUAGAGAAAGAUAUUAUGACGAUAAACUUCUAGAACAUAGGGAUCGUACGUAUGGUUUAGAACAUAAGGAAAAAUCACGAAGAAACUUAGAGCAAUUCGAUCGAAAUUCAGUUGUUUCCAGGGACGUCGACGAUCGUGAUAGAUAUUCUGAAAAAGAAAGAGAUUCUGGUUUGAGUGGCCCUGACGGUGAAACAAGUACGAUGAGCGGCAGAAGUACUUACAUGAGAGUUGUUAAGCAAGAAAUCGCCGAACAGCGGGAAGCGAUGGAUAAGAUGAUGAAGCUGUGGAAAGAACUAAUGCGUUGCUUUAAAGGAAUGUCGCAGACUCAGGGCCAAGAGAAGACCGUCCAGGACGCGGAGAAUGUCCGCGACUCGGCAGCAGCACAACUGCGGCUCUGGCGCGAGUGCAUGCGGCGCUACGAGACCGUGGCCAGGGAUGUCGGAGACACGGACGCCAGGCUCAUGGAGGAGAUCAACAAGCAGCGUUUAGAAAUGGCCGAGAUGGCGACCAUGUGGCAGGAGUGCCUCCAGCGGUACCGGGACAUGAGUAAUGAUUUCAACUCUCUCAAGAAACAGUUGGUGACUUCGGAAAGUCCUCAACGUGCGGCGCCGCCUCUUAUUUGCGCUGAAGGAGAGAGCAUUCCCUCCCCUGCACCGUACCGGCUUCCGCCUGCUUAUCCUCCAAUGGCGUCGGCGUGCCAGUACGCGGCGGGCGCGGCGAGUGCGGCGUGCGAGGGUACAGCGCCGCCAGCCUGGUGGUGGGGCGCAGGUGCCCCGCGCCGCCGCUCCUCGCCCGACUCGCGUGCGUCGCCCGACCGUCGCCACCGCCGCAAGGAAAGAGUCUCGCGGAUUGGCUUUUUGAUGCAGUCAUUCACGUGCCCAAAUACCUCGGGCAAGAAGACUGUAGAGCUCAUCGAGUAA